GCAGAAGUCCAGCUGAAGAAUUAUGGGAAAUUUCUUGAGGAAUAUACGUCUCAGCUGAGAAGAAUUGAGGAUGCCUUGGAUGACUCAAUUGGAGAUGUUUGGGAUUUCAAUCUUGAUCCGAUAGCAUUAAAGCUUCUGCCUUAUGAACAGUCUUCCCUUUUGGAACUCAUAAAGACUGAAAACAAGGUCUUAAACAAAGUUAUCACUGUAUAUGCUGCACUUUGUUGUGAAAUCAAGAAAUUAAAGUAUGAGGCUGAAACAAAAUUUUAUAAUGGUCUUUUGUUUUAUGGAGAAGGAGCCACCGAUUCCAGCAUGGUAGAAGGAGACUGCCAAAUUCAGAUGGGGAGAUUUGUUUCAUUCUUACAGGAACUGUCUUGUUUUGUUACGAGGUGCUAUGAAGUGGUGAUGAAUGUAGUCCAUCAGUUGGCUGCCCUCUAUAUCAGUAACAAGAUUGCACCUAAAAUUAUAGAAACAACUGGAGUUCAUUUUCAGACUAUGUAUGAGCAUUUGGGAGAACUGCUGACAGUAUUGCUCACUCUGGAUGAAAUUAUUGAUAAUCAUAUCACACUGAAAGAUCACUGGACUAUGUACAAAAGAUUACUGAAAUCUGUGCAUCAUAAUCCUUCAAAAUUUGGGAUUCAGGAAGAAAAACUAAAGCCAUUUGAAAAAUUUUUAUUGAAGCUUGAAGGGCAAUUGCUUGAUGGAAUGAUAUUCCAGGCCUGUAUAGAGCAACAGUUUGAUUCUUUAAAUGGAGGAAUAUCUGUCUCAAAAAAUAGCACUUUUGCUGAAGAAUUUGCACAUAGUAUUCGCUCAAUUUUUGCAAAUGUAGAAGCCAAACUUGGAGAACCUUCUGAAAUUGACCAAAGAGACAAAUAUGUUGGAAUUUGUGGACUCUUUGUGCUGCACUUUCACAUUUUUCGAACUGUUGAUAAAAAGUUUUAUAAGUCUUUAUUGGACAUUUGUAAAAAGGUUCCAGCCAUCACGCUAACUGCUAAUAUUAUUUGGUUUCCUGAUAAUUUUCUGAUCCAGAAAAUACCAGCAGCUGCCAAACUUCUAGACAGAAAAAGCCUUCAAGCCAUUAAAAUGCAUAGGGAUACUUUCCUGCAGCAGAAAGCUCAGUCACUUACCAAAGAUGUACAGUCUUACUACGUCUUUGUGAGCUCAUGGAUGAUGAAAAUGGAAUCUAUUUUAUCUAAAGAGCAGAGAAUGGAUAAAUUUGCUGAAGACCUCACCAAUAGAUGUAAUAUUUUUAUACAGGGCUUCUUAUAUGCAUAUAGUAUUAGUACCAUUAUUAAAACCACAAUGAAUCUCUAUAUGUCCAUGCAAAAACCAAUGACCAAAACCUCUGUUAAAGCAUUAUGCAGACUUGUUGAACUUCUUAAGGCAAUUGAGCAUAUGUUCUACAGAAGAAGCAUGGUUGUGGCUGAUUCCGUUUCACAUAUAACCCAGCACCUUCAACAUCAGGCCCUUAAUUCUAUUUCUGUGGCUAAGAAAAGAGUAAUUUCUGACAAAAAAUACAGUGAACAGCGUCUUGAUGUCCUCUCUGCUUUAGUUCUGGCUGAAAAUACUCUAAAUGGCCCAAGCACAAGGCAACGACGACUUAUUGUCUCUCUGGCGCUGAGUGUUGGCACACAGAUGAAGACAUUUAAGGAUGAGGAACUCUUUCCACUUCAAGUCGUCAUGAAAAAACUGGAUCUCAUCAGUGAACUCAGAGAACGAGUCCAAACACAAUGUGACUGUUGUUUUUUAUACUGGCACCGAGCUGUCUUCCCUAUUUAUUUAGAUGAUGUGUAUGAAAAUGCUGUGGAUGCAGCCAGAUUACAUUAUAUGUUCAGUGCUUUGCGUGACUGUGUACCUGCUAUGAUGCACGCAAGACAUUUAGAAUCUCACGAAAUACUCCUGGAUUGCUAUGACAAGGAAAUCAUGGAAAUUUUAAACGAGCAUUUGCUGGACAAGUUGUGCAAAGAAAUAGAGAAGGAUCUGCGACUCUCUGUGCACACCCACUUAAAACUGGACGACCGAAACCCGUUCAAAGUUGGCAUGAAAGAUCUCGCUCUUUUUUUCUCUCUGAAUCCAAUUCGAUUUUUUAAUCGUUUCAUUGACAUUCGAGCAUAUGUAACUCACUACUUAGAUAAGACCUUCUACAAUCUAACAACAGUGGCUCUUCAUGACUGGGCCACUUACAGCGAAAUGAGAAACCUAGCUACUCAGCGUUACGGAUUGGUGAUGACAGAGGCACACCUUCCAAGUCAGACUUUGGAGCAGGGCCUGGAUGUUUUGGAAAUCAUGAGAAACAUUCAUAUAUUUGUGUCUCGUUAUCUCUAUAAUCUCAACAAUCAGAUUUUUAUUGAGCGAACAAGCAAUAACAAACAUUUGAAUACCAUUAAUAUUCGACACAUUGCAAAUUCAAUUCGAACACAUGGCACAGGAAUCAUGAAUACAACAGUUAAUUUCACCUACCAGUUUUUGAAAAAGAAGUUCUAUAUAUUUAGUCAAUUUAUGUAUGAUGAACAUAUCAAAUCUAGAUUGAUUAAAGAUAUUAGAUUUUUCCGGGAAAUCAAGGAUCAAAAUGAUCAUAAGUAUCCUUAUGAAAGAGCAGAAAAAUUCAAUCGAGGCAUCAGAAAACUUGGAAUAACACCAGAGGGACAGAGCUACCUGGAUCAGUUCAGGCAACUCAUUAGCCAGAUUGGUAAUGCUAUGGGCUAUGUGCGAAUGAUAAGAUCUGGUGGCCUUCAUUGUAGCAGCAAUGCCAUUAGAUUUGUGCCUGAUCUUGAAGAUAUUGUCAAUUUUGAAGAAUUAGUAAAAGAAGAAGGUCUUGCAGAAGAAACAUUAAAAGCAGCAAGGCAUUUGGAUUCAGUCCUCAGUGAUCACACAAGAAACUCUGCUGAAGGCACAGAGUAUUUCAAAAUGCUUGUGGAUGUUUUUGCUCCAGAAUUCCGAAGGCCGAAGAAUAUACACCUUCGAAAUUUCUAUAUCAUUGUCCCCCCGCUGACCCUCAACUUUGUAGAGCAUUCCAUCAGUUGCAAGGAAAAAUUGAAUAAAAAAAAUAAAAUUGGAGCCGCUUUUACUGAUGAUGGCUUUGCCAUGGGUGUGGCGUACAUUCUAAAGCUCUUGGAUCAGUACCAGGAGUUUGACUCCCUUCACUGGUUCCAGUCUGUUCGAGAGAAGUACCUGAAGGAGAUGAGAGCAGUUGCUAAGCAACAGAACGUGCAGUCAACCAGUCAGGAUGAGAAACUCCUGCAGACCAUGAACCUCACGCAGAAGCGGCUGGAUGUCUACCUACAGGAAUUUGAAUUGCUCUAUUUCUCACUGAGCAGUGCAAGGAUUUUCUUUAGAGCUGACAAGACUGCAGCAGAGGAAAACCAGGAAAAGAAGGAGAAAGAAGAAGAGAGUAAAGCCAGUGGUGGAGAGCUCCCGGACAGCGCAGUGUCUGCCGAGCCCGUUGUGAAAUGAUACCGAUGGU